AUGGCGAUACUCCACAGAGCUUUGUUUACCUGGUUUAUUUUUCUAGUUUUUCUUAUAUUGCUGUGUCUCCGUUUAGAGUCAAGAACUCAUUGGAACUGGUUUAUUGUGUUUAUCCCAAUGUGGGUUUACGACGGCAUAUUAUUGAUAUAUGUGCUUUUCCACAUGGUGUCCCAUUGCAGAAAUGGAAUCGAAAGAUUUAGGGGCACAAUCAAUAAAAACGUAUGGUACAUAGCUGCAAUUGGACUGAAAAUGGCUGCUCAAAUAAUCAUUUGCAUAAAGUUGGAGUACACUAAAGUAAAUCUACCCAUUUAUGUUGUAAUGACACCUGUUUGGAUGUUACUGCCUGUGCUCUCUGUUGAAGUUUUUAUGCAUCUUAUAAAACACUCCAGUGGAAGUAGCAGAUACUAG